GCACCCCAUUGACUUUAUUUCGAUGAAUGAGAACACUGAACUCAAAAGGACACUUCGAAGGAACCCACAUGGUUUAUUCUCCCGAAUUCGUGGGCGAUGGUUGGAUGUUAUAUCCUUUGCCGUAAAAAGUCGUCGUCUGUGGGGUGUACCAUGGUUUCGUCGCUUUCUUCUGAUGGGAAACACUCCAGCACACCACAAACGUCGCCUCUCUGGUGACGAGAGCUACAGGUUAGCCGGAGCCGCCACUCCUGCAUACCUCAGCGUCACAGUUCCUCCAUCCAAGCGUCGCAAUAUGCACAGUAUGACAGACUUAUCAAAGUCUGCUCCACCGGACUAUCCAGGCGAGCCUGAUCAACCGAGCCCAGAAACAAUGGCCGAGCUCCUUUACAAUGAUCGGGUUGCAAUCGAUGAGGCCACUUCGAUGCUACGUGCUGCAAGCCUUCGUGACUCCAUGAACCACGGUCCUCAGCUACUAACUGGUACAGCUGCCUCAACCGCGAUUCCUGAGCAUGCCAAACGGGAACUGCGUAAGCCGCGACCAGCAAGUACCGGCCACCGGAGUCCAGAGUCAGUGAACAUGAGUGAUUUCGUCGUGGAUCUACGGAACGAAACCUCCUCACCCUUUGCGAUCACUGGCCGUCGCGCAUUCCGUUUGUCUCCUCGGCCUAUGCAGGAUACAGAACCCAAAGUUCCGACUGUGUUUCGAUGGAAUGGCGGUGGUACGGAUAUUUAUAUUAGUGGAACAUUCAACAACUGGCAGAAGCGAAUACCGAUGGUUAAGCGAGAAUCCGGUGUCUAUGUGAUCAUCGAUUGCACACCUGGCAAGCACGAGUACAAAUAUUUUAUCGAUGGCGCUUGGUACCACGAUCCAACCAAGCCUACUGUAGAUAACGAUUUGGGCACCAAGAACAACGUGGUCCACGUGAAAUCAUCAGAUUUCGAUGUCAUUCAGGCACUGCAGCUAGACCAAGCCAAUAGCCGACACCGCGCCAGCUCUAUGGAUUCCGGCGGACCGGACUCUUUGGGUCACUCUCCGCCGGGCGAUUAUGGCCACUUCAUUCCUUUGGACCCGUCAGAGGUCGAGCGCCGAGUCGAUUCGUUUGACUAUCGUUCUUCCUAUGCCAUAGUGCCCGCAAUCGGAUCGCACAUCCAGCCACCUCUGCUGCCCCCUCACUUAUUACAGGGCAUUUUGAACAUGGACACCGGUGCGCAUUGCGACCCCAAUCUACUCCCUCCACCAAACCAUGUCAUAGUCAACCACUUGUAUGCUCUCUCUAUCAAAGAUGGAGUGAUUGUACUCAGUGUGAUUACCAGAUAUCGUCAGAAGUUUGUAUCCACUGUAUUCUACAAACCCAUUCAAGAUUAACCGACAUCGUCUUCGCUUCCUGGUGAAAAAUGUGAGACGGACAUGUAUUACCCCUGUCUUGCGAAGCACUGCUGCAGGAUUUUGACAGUUCAGGCUUGUUCAUCUGCCUCUUACUUAUCACGGUCAAUCCACCUGUACAGAGCUUCUUCAACUAGUUGCACAGACCCUCACAUACACAUUUCCAUUCUUUUCCUGCGUUUCCGCAUUUGUUUCCUUCAUUUGUGCGUUCUAUUUUUCAUAUAAUCCAUUCCUCCCUCCGACCCCUGAGAGUGCCUGCUGCUAACCAACAUUGGACCCAAUGCGCGAACCAAAAGGUUUGAUUGACGUCCGCCUCCGGUCACUACACACUCUCUGAUCUAGUGCCCGUUUUGACCUUCGUUCCCGGAGACUACUUGACGAGUACCGACCUGAUCAUUGUUAACGUUGACUAAAUGCGUUUUCAUUUUCCACUGUUCGUCUAAUUUUUUGUGUACUGGCCGUCUUCCCCCCUCAUUGCCUCUAUCUGGGAUCACCUUUUCCGCUCUCAACUCCUAGUUCAUUACUAUUGCUGGCACACCUUUUAUAUACCGUCAUUUUGGUAGUUUCCUCAGCAUAUAGGACUCAACUGUCACCGCCCUCUCGCAUUUGAGUUCAUUCGUGGACUCUCCCUUGUUCCGCUCAGGCUUCUCCUCACUCCAACCUUUUUAUUCCCACAUGUAUUGCCCUUACCGAACUUAUCUCGCUCACUGCUCUCACCCUUCUGAUUAUCUUUCCUCCGCAUCUGCGACUGUUGUCACCAUCGUUACUAGUACUUAGGACUCUGUGAAAAAUGCAACUUGACCAACUUCGCCCACCUGCACCUUCC